GUCUGCUACUACCCAUCGCAAAAAUAUCUCAAUUUCUCAAUUUCCAGUCAUCUGAACGAUAUUGUGAUCUGAGUUUCGUUUAAUUUAAGUAUUUUCUCUUAGUUUCGCCCUCUAUUCCACUGAUUAUCCGAUUACUCUCCAGAACUGAAUCACAGUAUAAAAGACACAAUGCCAGAACAGACCGAGAAACUCGAGAAGAAAGCAUCGACCUCCGUGGCCGCCCUGGAGAACGACAAAGAUGAAUCGACAGACUCCGACUCAGACUCGAUCCCAGAGCUGGAAGACCCAGGCACCGGCUCCGGCAUCACCUCGGAAGCCCUCAGCAACGCCACAGGUCUCCCCAUGGACAACGUAAGCAAAGCCAAACAGACGCGAAGCGAGAAGAAAGCGCGAAAGAUUUUCUCCAAACUCGGACUCAAGCAGAUCACCGGCGUCAACAGGGUGACGAUCCGCAAGUCCAAGAACAUCCUCUUCGUCAUCAACAAGCCGGACGUCUUCAAGAACCCGGCUUCGGACACGUACAUCGUCUUCGGCGAGGCCAAGAUCGAGGACCUAUCGCAGCAGGCCCAGGUGGCCGCCGCCGAGAAGUUCAAGACCGCCGACGUCAGCGGGCUCAGCUCGGACGUCCUGUCGGCCGCCAAGUCGGUGCCGCCCAUACAAGAGGAGUCUGAGGACGAGGAGGUCGACGAGAGUGGACUCGACAUGAAGGACAUCGACCUGGUCAUGCAACAAGCCAACGUCAACCGCCGGCGAGCCGUCAAAGCCCUGCACAAAAACAACAACGACAUCGUCAACGCCAUCAUGGAUCUCACCAUGUAGUCCCCGGCCAAGUUUCCUCCUCGUACCAUACCCUUUCAUUCAUCUCACAUGUGUUUCUUUCUUUGUUAUUCACCCGACCUAAAUUGUUUCAUACUGAAUAAAAAAUCUCGAAAACCCAA